AUGAUUUAAACAUAAAAUUACUUAGAUCCAACAAUUAGGAAGCAUAAAAAUCAAGAAUAAGAGGUCGACAUUUUAGACUAAAAUAAAAAGAAAUUUGUAAAAGUCAAAAUUUAAAUCACAUUUGUAAAAGAUUAAGAUUAUUAAAUAUUAUACUCAAAGGAAGGUGUAAUUUUGAGAAAGUAUUAUUAAAUUUCUUAAUUUUAUAAGAGAAUUGAUUAAAAGCAAUCCUACUAACUUUGAAAUUUUAACUAAUAUGGAAUAGAUCUAAUAUUUAUAAUGGCAAGGAGAAUAUGGAUAAAACAGGAAAAAAAUUGGUGAAUGGAGAGCCAAUUGGAAAGGAGAAGGUCUUUAAAAAGUAGGAGGAUACUAUGAGGAUGGAUUAAAGGAAGGCUUAUGGACAGAACCAAUUUAGAAUUAUUGGAGGUAAAUUGAAUUAAAUUAGUAAUAAAAGUAAAGCUUAAGUUUUUGCAAGGGGUGAAUACUUUCAUGAUCAAAGAUAUAAAAGAUGGAAUUAUUUUUAUUAAAAAAAUAUUAUGUAUAAAUUUUUAGUUAUUUAAUAGUGGUGGUGGAUUAUACAAUAAACAUGCUUAGAAGUAAGGCAAAUGGAUUGAAUUGUCGGAGUAUUUUACUGAUAGUUCUUAAGUAACACAUUAAGGCGAAUAUAAAAACGGUAAAAAAAUCGGCAGAUGGGAUAUUUGGUAUAAGGAGCAUGAGAAUAAUAAAUAAAACUUGAUCAUGUAAAAAAAUUAUUAUUUAAAUUCAUAUGAUUAGUGGCGGCGGAUCAUUUGAUGAGAAAGAUGGCGAUAUUAAGUAGGGUUAUUGGGUAGAAAUAUCAAACAGAUUUGAUUAUUUAUCUUAAGUAACUUAUAAGGGUGAAUAUAAAAAUGGUAAGAAAGUUGGUAGAUGGGAUAUUUGGUAUAAAACGUAUGAAGAGGAUAAACCAAACUUGAAAAUGUAAUAAUAUUAUCUUAUGAUUUAAUCUUUCUAUGGGAAUUUAGUAGUAGUGGAUUUUAUGAUGAAAUAGGUGAAGGGAUUAAGCAGGGACAUUGGGUGGAAUUAUCCGAUGGAUUUAAUUAUUUUAAAUAAGUAACUUAUAUUGGUGAAUAUAAAAAUGGUAAGAAAAUUGGUAGAUGGGAUAUUUGGUAUGAAGAAUAGGGUUCUGAUAAUAAGGAAAAAAUGUAAAAUAUAUCAAGUGAUUAUAAUAUAGUGGUGGUGGAUAAUAUGAUGAAGAAGGUGAUUAAAUUAAGAUUGGUAAUUGGAAGGAAUUGUGGGAAGAAUUGUAUUAUGAAUCUUCAGUGAUUUUGUAUGGCGAAUACAAACAUGGUAAGAAAGUUGGCAAAUGGGAUAUUUGGUAUAGAGAUCAUAAGAUGUAAAAAUUCAUUAAAGUUUUACUUAUUUAGAGGAGGCGGAUCAUAUGAUGAAACAGGCUAAGAGAUUAAAAUAGGUAAUUGGGUUGAAAUUUCAGAUAGAUUUAAUUUUAAAUCUUAAGUAACUUAUAAUGGUGAAUAUUUAAUUGGUAAAAAAAUUGGUAGAUGGGAUAUUUGUUUUAGAGAAUAUAGCAGUCAUCCGUUUACUUAGAUGUAACAUAAUAUUAUAUAAAACACUUAUAGUGGGGGUGGAUAAUAUGAUGAAGGAGGUAAUGGGAUUAAAUUGGGAUAUUGGGUUGAAUUAUCAGAUGGAUUUUAUUAUGAUUCAUAAGUAACAUAUAAUGGGGAAUAUAAAAAUGGUUAAAAAGUUGGUAGAUGGGAUAUUUGUUUUAGACAAUAUAGUAAUCAUACAUUUUCUAAGAUGUAAUUGAAUAAUAUAUAAAAUACACAUAGUGGCGGUGGGUAAUAUAAUGAGGAUGGUGAUGGGAUUAAGAUUGGAAAUUGGAUGGAAUUAUCUGAUGGAUUUUGUAAGUAUUUUCAAAUUAAAUAUGAUGGUGAAUAUAAAAAUGGUAAGAAGAUUGGUAAAUGGGAUAUUUUGUGUAAGAAAAAUUUUGAAGAUGAAAACAGUUAAAUGAUGUAAAAAUAUUAUAUAAAGUUCUUUAAUAAUCAUUAAAUAAAUUUAAAAGUGGUGGUGGAUUUUAUGACGAAAAUGGUUUUAAAGAGGGUAAUUGGAUGGAAGUCAAAGAAGGUAAGUGGUAUGUAAUUUUAAAUGGAUAAUAUAAGAAUGGUUACAAAGUUGGUAUUUGGGUUGAAUUGGAUACAAGAAGUAAAGAGAAUAUAUCAGAAACAAAUUAUGAUAUUUGA